AUACCAAAAUUCAAUUGUAAUACUUUGUGACUUUGAACAUUGUAUUUCCAGGUAGGUUCUGCCCCGUCAAGUCAAAUAAUCAUGGAAGACCACCACUGAGGACAACUUUUUAGGUAAAAUAAGCGUAGCCAAACAUGCCCCAAGCAACCUCCCUCCCUCCCUCAUUCAACCCCUAAACAACAACAACAAACAUGAGGUCCUCCACAAUGGAUUUGGAAUCGGUGAGAAAUUACUUGGAGAAAAGCAGCUCCGGUGCAUCAUCAAAUGAUAUUGAUUCCAUGCCUUAUAGGUUCUUCGAACCCAUAAUCAUGUCAGGCCUCAAAGUAGAUCUCAUCGAACCUGGUCGCCUCAUCUGCUCCAUGAAAGUUCCUCCUCGAUUACUGAACGUGGCGAAGUCGUUGCACGGCGGAGCCACGGCGGCGCUGGUGGAUGUGGUGGGAUCAGCGGUUAUUUUGACAGUUGAGAAGGCGACCACCACCGGAGUUUCAGUGGAGAUUAACGUUUCUUACUUGGAUGCUGCUUAUGCUGGUGAUGAGAUUGAGAUAGAGGCAAAGGCGUUGCGUGUUGGGAAGGCUGUUGCUGUUGUGACUGUAGAAUUAAGGAACAAAAGGACGGGAAAAAUAGUUGCACAAGGGCGCCACACCAAGUACCUUGCGGUAUCAAGUAAAUUAUGAACUACAGGUAUCUUUCCAUAUAGGAAAAAACUCCUCAAUCACAUGUAUCUUUACAUAUUUAAAAGAAAAAUGAUAUUUUUCAUGUCUUCUACUAUUGUAUGGCAUCUAUUGAGUCAAAAAUAAAACAAUAGCUGUAUGUCUUUUCAAAUUAUGAAUCUCAUGAAUGUUGUCUUGUAUG